GCGGAAAAUAUGGUUAGGUUGCUACGAUUGGUGUUUUUCAAUCAUGUGACGAGUUGCAGGUUACUGUUCUGUGUGUCUGUCUUAAUGGUUCAAGAAAGGGCCUAUAUUGUCUCCAUGAAGACAAGUAUAAGUCAUGAUAAUGACUGCAGUUUUUAUCCUGACCACAAUUGUGGCUUAACUUUUAAUCACAACUGUAUUAGUGAUUUGUUCUUCAAGCUGUCUUAAUACCCCUUGGGUAUUGCAAUAACAACAUGCUUCUGCUGAGUGAUAAUAUACAUAAAACUAGUCUUUAGUCACAAUCUACAAUCUCCGAAUAGUCGGUUCCUGAAAUGUUUUACUAAUUGAGGUGAUUGCCCCAAUUAUUAGUUGACUAAGUUAACCCAUACGAAUCAUACAGGUCGUAAACUCUCGUAAUGAAGUCCUACUUAACAUCCAGUAUGGAUAAUUACUGGCUUUUUUGUCUGGUGCAUGGCUUGAAUAUGAUUUAUACAAAGAAACCUCUAGUGUAUUAUGUAAAUUAAAUUAUUUAUCUAAGCAUUAAUGCAAUAGGGCUCCAUUAUGUUUAUAUGCAAUAAACUAAAUCACAGAAUAUGUACGUGGGUUAGGAUACUCCUCGAGUGUCCAAAUUGGAAGAGGUGACAUCGUAAGGGAGUCGUUCUUCGAGCGUUCGGCGCAUAGCACUAACCCACAAGGCAGUGAAGCGACUUUUAAAAACGCAGUACCCCGGUAGUCGUUUACUAAAUAUAAGUUCGUACCUCAUUUAUUCCCUCAGGAUCCGGAAGCUCAUGUGCACCACUGGUUUUAAGUCAAGAUUUUCCUACGCUCAUGGAUGAGUCCUCCGUACCCACCGACCCGCUUAGAGCACCUGACAGACUUUUUGUCCUCAACUUCGUAAGUAUCACUCCGGCUGAGAGAAAGCAGUAAUACUUUCCUGAAUGACAGUAAACGUAUGGCUAUGUGAGAGCAUUUCGAAAGGAAGAGUGGACUCUCCAAACCCUCAGCUGUACCAGAACAUUUAGGGGCCGAAUUGUAUGUGUUUGGUCAGUUAUAAUCUCAUUGAUAUAAAAGGUUCUUAUGGUUUAGCAGUUGGGAGUCUUUAGUUGCUUGAUGUACAUCAAAUCCACGUUUCUGGUCAGUCUUGACAAAUUUAUUUGCAGCCAUAUAUAUAUAGUUAUUUACAUUCCCUAACUUUUUGAUUGUAUUCGUACAUGCCUUCCAUUUUUUUAUUCUAGAUCUUUAUAUGUACAAUUUGAAGUAUCGCGUUAUCUGCUACCCAAGAAAAAGCCAUUACGUUCAGCUAACAGUUCGGUGAUCAACAGUAUGGGAAAUAUAUGUAAUUUUCUCUGUCCUAAAAGUGUUAGCAGGUGUUUAUCAACCUCUGAAUUAGAUGCUACAAUUCAUGAUUCAGACGUAAGACUUUUAUGUGCAAAUGAAGCCGUACCUGUACCAGUGGAAAACAGUGAUGAACAUGUAACGGCUGUUGUACAUAAAGAAUUAGUUUCAAAGCAUCAAGAAAAAUCAAAUAAUAGUACUCAUGAUCAGCUGAAGUCUAUAUCUUAUUCUCUGCAAGGUCCGAAAGUAAUAAAGGAGUAUGUAAAAUUUCCUUUUCUUACGGAUAACGAGAUCGGAAAUUGGAUUAUAAAAUCUCGUUUCAUGUUUAUAUUACGUGGACCUCCUGGUUCGGGGAAAUCUUUUUUGUCUGAGUGCAUCCGAAUACGUUUUCCUAUGGCUAAGAUUUUUUCUGCGGAUGAUUUCUGGUAUUUAGAAUCGAACGGGUGUGAGUAUCAAUUUGACAUCAGUCGAUUGAGUGAAGCUCACGAAUGGUGCCAUAAUAAUGUGUAUAAUGCUGUUUGUUCUGGAUACAGCCCAAUAGUUAUUGACAACACAAAUACGAGAAGUUGGGAAGCACGUUAUUAUACAGAAAUGGCUCGUCGUUUUCACUACUUUGUAAUCAUGGUCAUUCCACAAACACCAUGGCGAUUUGAUGCGGAAACUUUAGCUAUGCGUAAUGUACAUUUUGUCAGUUUGGAGACCAUUGAAGCGAAAGUCCGGAAUUUCGAACAUAUCUAUCCAUGUUAUUAUGGUUGGUUUUGGUCAGCACCGCCGAGCGAAACAUAUUCAAAACUUGACAUCUCGGAUAAUUCACUAGAUAUAGUUAGUAGACCAGCUAAAAGGUGUAAAAGCUCUAUUCACUCAAACCCAUGUAUGGAAGUGAAUCGGUUGCUUAAAUGGGGAUGGGAUGUUCUCAAUACUAUUAUAGAAUUACCCGGAGUACAUUAUGAACUAAUAAAUGCUUUUGGUCUACCACAAGAUGCAACUGUACAAGAUGUAAUAAGUCAUUGGGAAUCUGCUACAAUACCUGACUUCGGGACAGGUUUAAAAACUUGCAACACACCCAGUAUCCCUCACAUAACAGCUAAAUUUUCUAAAUAUGGACGAGCUACCGGCGCAGAACAUUAUGCUCUACGUAGAUCUGUAAAUGAAAAUUUACUGGGAAAAUUAUUCACAGUACAAAUUACCGGUUUAGUGAUCACUUCACGUACAAUAGGUGCUAGGGUUAAACUUCCAAAUGAUGAAGUCAUUCGACAUCUCUGGGCUGCCGAAGAUCAAGAAGUUGUAUUCCCAGAUAAUAUUGGUAUAAUGCCUGUUAAUCGUCCAACUGGCUGUCGUGCUCAUGUUACAAUGGCUUUAGCAACUGGUGUAUCACCAGCGGAAACAGGUCUUGAUUUACUACGUGUUGUAGACAUGGAGUUGAACAAUCGCCCUGGUGAUCAUGUAGCAAUUAUUAAAAAUGGUUCCGUUCGUCGACUUAUCAUUCCAAAAGUACAUUGUAAUACUUCACCUGAACGUCAUUUAGUCCAGGUACCAAAUAAAUCAAAUUAUCAUCCACGUAAUAAUAAUAACUUUUACGUUAAUAGCAUAUCAUCAGUUCCACCCUCAGAUUAUGAAACUAUUUAUGUGUACGAUCUUGAUUUUCCUCAACACUACCGUGUUACUUUUGCUGCUUCAUAUUGAGUUAUCUUUUCAUUACGUCAUGAUUAGUUAUCAAUAUCUUCUUGCCUAUCUGCCUUUCUUUAAAUUGGUCCAACUUUUUAUCGUUCUACUUCAAGCUAUCGCUGACCAUAUAUAUAACCAUCUUCUUACCUUUAUACAUACACAUACGCAUAAUACCUUACAUUAUUUCUGUUUCCAUCCCUUCAAUUUUUAGAUUUGUUAAUUUCAUUGAAUUUGCAUGUUUCGUCUUUGUUACUUUGUACAUGGAUAAAUCAAAAUUUGCAGCAAACAUGUUGUCUAGUCUUGUUUCUGUACCGGAUUAUACUGUUUAUACUCAUUUUUGAAAUGUAUUCAUAAUAUUGUAACUAUGACAGUUUUUAAUCUGCGAGUAUUAUUUAGUAGUUGGUUAUGUACUUGUCAUCUUAUAACCGGUCUAAAUUGUUAUACGAAUGAUUAAUUUCUUGUAACUUUAAUUUUUCACACUGCAUUAUUUGUGAACUUCUAUACACUCAUAAAUGAAAACUAUCAUAUAUAUUAGGGUUCAUUGUUUAAUGAUGAAUUUACUAUCGUGAGUUCAUUUUCUUUUCCACCAUGACAUGUGCUAUCUAAGCGUAUAAGAUACAAUACCCUAUGUUAAAUAUAUAUAUUCUCCCGAGUU